AUGGGUCACAUUUCUGAGCUACUUGACGAGGUUCUUGCUAUAAUUAUCAACCGGCUCACCUACAGCUGGGACCGAGAUGCCCUGUCUGAGGUGUCAAAGCAACUAUUGAAGGCUAGGCGCUGGUGCCGUUCCUCAAUUCGCUAUUAUCGUGAACUUCCGAACCGGAGAUUGCUCUCACAGUGUCCAAAUGUAGUGGAGUUUGCAUCUUCUGGUGCUCUUUCCGAUGAAGACUUGAGCUUCGUGGCCCAAGCGUGUCCAAAGUUAGAGAUCUUGGAUCUCAGGCUCUCUGCUGCAAAUGCAAUGGUACCACCAAAUCGACGUUCUUUGUUGAAUGGGAUUCUUUCUGUGGCACACGGCUGUCCUAAAUUGGUUCAGCCUGGAGGCAUGAUUCGAGAUGCAGAUAUUCAAGUCCUGUCACGUAUUACUUCUCUGGCGCAUCUGGAUCUUAGGCACUGCUUCUAUGUCACAGAUAUGGCACUGUGCUACCUCAAUGGUAUGGCUCUGCACUAUUUAGAUUUAUCCGCUUGUGCUAUUAGUGAUAUUGGGAUCGAGAUACUUGUGAAAGGUUCUUCGUCAAGAACCAUGAAAACGCUUAUCCUUCAAGGAUGCUCUCGAAUCACUGAUAGAGGAAUUCUAAUGUUGCAUAAUCUGUCCAAUCUCGAGGAGCUGAAUUUGGGUAUACAUGAUGCCGCCCAUUAUGCAUUACUUGAUGGACUUAUUUUUGAUGAUGUGUCACUUUCUGAUUGA